UAUAACAACCUUCUGUAGCGUUCCCUCUCUUCUCCUAAUCUCGGAUUUCGUUUUUUUUUCUUCCGUUUAUUACUUUUCAGGCAGUUUAUUACUUUUCAGGCAGCAGAGCAUCGCAUGCAGGCAGACGGAGUGGCUGAGUCCUGCGCUGUCAGAGGGGAAGACUGGAGUGGUUGUCUCUCGCUACUACGCUCUCUCUAUUUCUCUCUCUUGCCUGUGUUCUGCCUGCUUCCAUCAGAAUAACAGUCCUGCAGCUCUGGAUUAUCUGUCUAAAACACAGAAUUACACUUUCACACACACACACACACACACCUGGGAAAUCUCUGGACACCGUAAACAGAAGGAGAGAGGCUUCUGUUUCCCUUCGCGGACGACCUCUUCUCUCCUGUACUGGUCCUCAGCGCCAUGAACAAGAUGAAGAACUUUAAGCGACGUUUCUCUCUGUCCAUCCCUCGCACCGAGACCAUCGAGGAGAACGAGUUCACUGAGCAAAUCAACCAGCUGAACAUCCAACACACUCAGGCACUGACUCCAGACAGCCUGACCCUGCCGUCGCUACACCCUGAGGCCAGUCCCAGUCCAGUGAGCCCUGAGCCAGCCACGCCCGGAGCACAGUCCCCCUCCCAGCUCCAGUACCGCAGCAAAGCACCACACCGACGCUUCUCUAUGGAGGACGUGAGUAAGCGUAUGUCUCUGCCCAUGGACAUCCGCCUGCCUCCAGAGUUCCUCAAGAAGCUGCAGAUGGAGAGGGAGAUGGAGAGUGAGAACAACUCUCCUCCCUGCAAACCCCUCAGCCGCAUGUCCCGACGGGCUUCACUGUCUGACAUUGGCUUUGGAAAGCUGGAGACGUACGUGAAACUUGGCAAACUGGGAGAGGGUACGUAUGCCACCGUUUUUAAGGGUCGGAGCAAACUGACAGAGAACCUGGUGGCGCUGAAAGAGAUUAGGCUAGAACAUGAGGAGGGAGCACCCUGUACAGCUAUCAGAGAAGUGUCUCUACUGAAGAACCUAAAACACAGCAACAUUGUCACACUGCAUGACAUCAUACACACAGAACGCUCCCUCACUCUGGUCUUUGAGUACCUGGACAGUGAUCUGAAACAGUACCUGGACAACUGUGGAAACCUGAUGAGCAUGAACAAUGUCAAGAUCUUUAUGUUCCAGUUGUUACGUGGUCUGUCCUACUGCCAUAAGAGGAAGAUCCUUCACAGAGACCUCAAACCUCAGAACCUGCUCAUCAACGACAAGGGAGAGCUCAAACUAGCUGACUUUGGUCUGGCACGGGCCAAGUCUGUGCCCACUAAGACCUACUCCAACGAGGUGGUGACUCUAUGGUACCGCCCCCCUGAAGUACUUCUGGGUACCACAGAGUACUCUACACCCAUCGACAUGUGGGGCGUGGGCUGUAUUCUAUUUGAGAUGGCGACGGGUCGUCCCAUGUUCCCCGGCUCCUCAGUGAAGGAGGAGCUGCACUUAGUCUUCAGACUCAUUGGUACCCCAAAAGAGGACAGCUGGCCAGGUAUCUCCAAUAAUGAUGAGUUCAGAUCCUACAUGUUCCCUGAGUACAGACCUCAGCCACUCAUCAACCACGUGCCUAGGCUGGAUACUGAGGGGAUUGACAUGCUAACUGCUCUACUCCUGUAUGACACUAGGACCAGAGUCUCAGCUGAAGCAUCUCUUAGACACCCCUACUUCCUCAGUCUGGGAGAGAACAUCCACAGCCUCGCAGACACCUCAUCAGUGUUUUCCCUCAGAGAAAUUAAACUGCAGAAAGACCCAGGCCACCGCAGCUCAGUGUUCCAGCCUCCAGGUCGGGGGAAGAACAGAAGGCAGAGCAUAUUCUAAAGGAAGACCAGCCGAAGGAGUGCAGACAGGGAGAGAAAGCCUCAAGGAGGAAUCGGCUUUGAAGACAAACGCACUCCAAUCCCUCAUACAAACAGAAAUACAAAUGCAAACACAAACAUCCAGGUUACAUCAGUCUAACCUCAAAGGUCUUUCCUGGUUAAAUAAAGGUUAAAGUUAAAUUUACACAAACACACAUCUAACCCUCUCCCUCCACACAACAGAGGAUGGAUACAGACAGGGUUUCUGAGAAUGAACUAGCACUGCACCUCAAACGGCUUAGAGCCGAGGUCCUUCUAUAUGAGCAUUCUACUCUCAUGAUUCUGGGGACUGACUAGGAACUAUCUCCCAUUCUCUUACCCAAUCCCCUUCACACUCAGUCCCCUGCAGACACUCAAGCUAACCAAUCACUCUGCAUGUUUCACUGAUCUCCACUUCUCGCUUUCCCUUCCUCCUCUCCUUCUGUUCAUGUCCCCUUGUAAUAAAAUAACACAGAGUUAGCACCUUGCAACACAACCACCAUCUGAGACCAAAACUCUAAAUCCAAACUAAAUCUGAACAGUUGGGGAAGAGUCCAUUUCCGACAAACCUGCCUCUACAUAACCACCCCAUGAUUUCACCUAGUGGGGAUUUCAUUAAAAUCAGUAUUACAGUACAUUUCUCACGUUUUUGAAAUUGCCUUAGUAAAAUGUGCUAGAGAUUUCUUUCUUCAAAAUAUGAUAUAUAGAAACCUACAGUAUGUGUUGUGGGCAUUUACUUUGCAUUAGUGAAUAACACAAGUUUAGUGAUCGUAUCUCUGAGUCUCCUAUUUGCACAAACCUGAAGUCACAUCUGAAGAGUGUUCCUGGACUGGCUCUAGAUUAAGAUGAAGAAUGAUUAGACAAAGACCAUUACAUAAUGAACCUGGAAUUGCAUAUUGGAACCGACUAUUCCAAUUGGUUUAUUCACUUCCAUUCACUGGAACACAAAUUCUGAUUUCCCCCACUUCUCUCUGAAGUGUGCACUUGUUCCCUCCCCCUGGGAAAUGGGCUUGGGAAUUCCAUUUGGCUCCCAGAGCAGAUAUAGGCUACUUCCUGAAUAAUCUGGACAUGUACGACAUCACUGUCUAAUCUGUCCUCAUCUCAUGUCCUCUCCCCUACCUCUCACCUAACCUCCUCUCACCUACCUCUCUCCUAACCUAGGGUGCAUCUAGUCUUGAGGGGCUUCCUCUUCUCCUCUCAUUCAUAUAAACUGUUAUAAAAAGACAGGGUCACUGAAAAGCAAUUUUGGGUAAGCCUACUGGGAAUCAAGCUGCUUACACCUCUGUGUGUCCAGCACAUUCACAUCUGAUGAAGGAAAGGGAACAAGGAGAGGGAGCCACUAUAGACUACUCAGAUGCUGUUCUCUCUACCCCACACUGGAGACAAAGCCAAUAAUCUUAUAGAGCUAACUUUCCUUGUCUCCUUUACUUCCUCACCACCAAACUGAAAAAACGGACAGGUAAAAGCAAUAUGGUGGACACUUAUCCAGUCCUAUCAGUGGCCAUGACGGAAAUAAGGUAAGGAAGGGAAGCCAAAAGCAUUGGGACCCACUGGGAGAGAUGGCGAUCUGUGUGUUACACAUUUAAACUUCCCCUCUGUUUAUUUUAGCAACCUCUGGGGCAGAAGUAUUAGCCUACUGUAUAUGUUUUGCUGUGGUAAAUUAAGAUAUUUUAAAUACUGUACUGUAAUGAAAAUAAAUAAUAUAUAUGUACUUUAAAGGCCCAGUGCAGUCACAUAAAAAAAAAAAAAAAAUGAUAAUGCCCUUUUAGUAUAAGAGCUGUUUGAAAAUACUACCUGUUUACUGUCCGGCGGUAAAUAAGUUAAUAGACCAAUUAGAAAGAGCGUUCCAAUCCUCUCUGCCAAUAACAGCUAGUUUUCAGUUUUCCCCUCAC